AUGUUGAAUUCUUAUUGUCGUUUAUGUGCUGAAAUUCAAUGUUUUCAACAAGUAAUUACAAUCUAUGAUUAUCAUGAAAAAGUUCUUCGUGCUCAGCAAACAUUAUAUUCAAUAUUAGCCGAAUGUGAAACUGAUUUAGAUAUUAAGCUAGAACCAAUCGGUCAUGAAUUUACAGAUGAAAAGGUGUCUAUUACAGAUUUAGAUAAUAAGUCCACAAUUGAUACGACUAAUUUUGGUCAUAGUAUAUUUGAUAAUGAUAAUACACCUGAUAUUAAAAGUGGAAACGAAGAUGAUUCAGAGGACGAUAUACCAUUAAAUGAACGCAAGUUACGAGAUCAACAAACUGAAUCUUCUGUUGAUAAGAAUUUUGUCGAUGAAACAAAAUGCGAUCCUGAAAAGACAGCAAAUGCAUGUAUCCGCAAACUUUCAGAAAUUCUAAAAGAAUGGAAAACUUACAAAAAAUGGUUUUGUAUAAAAUGUGACAAUAAAAUAGAAGUAGGUACAAUAAAAGAUUUGAAAAAUCAUUGGUUUGAUGUUCAUAAAGCUCCCCCGAAAUAUCAGUGUAUUGUAUGUGAUAAAGUAUACGAGAAAUUCGAAAUAUUUAGGAAACAUAUUAACGCACAUCGUGAUAAAUAUAAAUACAAAUGUGAUAUCUGUGGGAAAUAUUCACAUAAGCGUGAUCACCAUGACAAUCAUAUAGAAACACAUUUAAAAGUUCGUAAAUAUAUGUGUUCAACAUGUGGUAAAAGUUUUAAGACACACGGUGGUUUAUAUUCACAUAGUCGGAUGCAUUUACCAGAUGAAUUAAGAAAGAAAUUUCGAUGUGAGAUGUGUGAUAAAAGUUUUAAUUCUUCAUCAAAUUUAACUUUACAUAGAAAAAUGCAUGCAGGAAUCAAAGAAUAUACUUGUGAUCAAUGUGGGAAAAUGUUUUCAACAAAAAAUAGUUUAAAUCAACAUUGUACGAAUGUACACUCGGACGAAACUCCAUUUCAUUGUCCGUUGUGCCCUAAAGCAUUUAAAUUAAUAUAUGGAUUAAAAAGUCAUCAAACAGUACAUACGAAUAUUAAACCAUUUAAAUGUGAUACGUGCGGUAAAACAUUCAGAGAGAAAGCCAGGAUGAAAGCACAUCAAAAAAUACACACAACUGAGUUACCAUUUAAAUGUGAAUAUUGUAAAAAAUGUUUCAAGUUGAAAUAUGUUUUGAAGGUACAUUUACGUCAACAUACGGGUGAACGUCCUUACUCCUGUCAAGAGUGUAACCAUCAAUUUACAAAUUGGUCUAAUUAUAAUAAACAUAUGAAAGGUCGGCAUGGUAUUAAUGUCAAAUCAAAAGCAACACAAAUAUUACAACAACAACGAUUACAAUUAAUGAAACAAGAAGAGCUUAUACAAAUGCAACAAGAACAAGAACAACAACAAAUGAGUAAUGAAUCAUCUGAUAAUAAUCAUCAUACAUUAAACAAUAUUAAUAAUACAAUUUUACCAAUUCCACAACAACUAUUCCAUUCAGAUCUUUAGU